AUGGAUGUGAAGAUGCACAAUCUCCAAUCUUAUCCUCUAGGGACAUAUUUUGAACCAAUAACAGGAAUGAAUCCAUUAAAUAUGACAGAUUUGCCACCCUUCGCUUGUUAUGAAUGUGCCAUGUUAGUAAAGAAGUUUUAUUUCUUUCGUGAGCGAUGUUUAAGAGGACAAGCUGCUCUCUAUGGAAUAUAUCAUUCUUCCGGGAAGAUUACAACAGAAGAUAUUCAACAAAUAGACAGGAAAUACUUCCACCUGACUUCAAAUUUGUCUAUAUGCAACAAGAAAAGAAAUAAAGAAUUUAAUUUUACUUAUGAUGAAAUGAAAAAUGAGAAAUAUGUAAAAGAGGAACCAUUUGAACAAACUGAAUUUCUAAUUCAAACUGAAAGUUUAGAUCACUCUGAAAAUAUAGGGGAAAGUCUGGGAAAUUAUGAUGAAGAAAUAGAUGACCUUAAAGGUGAUGAAAAUUUUGAUGACAUCCAACAUCUUUCUACACUAUCUAGUGAUGACAAUGAACCUCUAUCUCUUCAUAAAAAUAAUAAGGAAAAGAAACUUAAAAAGAAGAUUGUAAAGAAGAAAAUAAGGAAAACACAGAAGAAAGAGGAAUCUGAAGUAAAUCUUUCAUUAGACAAUAGAUCUGAUGAAGCUUCCAAUUUUAUUGAGGGUACCGAUGACAACUCAACUUUGCCCGUAGAAGUGACAGAGGUUGUUAAAAGCAAACGCAAGAGAGGCCGGCCCAGGAAGAAUGAUGCAGCUCCCUCAGAGGCUGUGGAACGAAAGGGCAGGGGAAGAAAAAGUGCUGUUGAUGAUGAUGAAAUGGAUAUGGAGGAAUAUGUCACAAUUAUAAAACUAUCGGUGGAGCAACAGAUAGAGGAGAUAACGAAACGGCAGCACUCCUCCAACUACCUGAAUGCUCCGUACCAGUGCAACCUGUGCUUCAAGGGCUUUAUAGACACGCAUGCAUGGAAGCACCACGUCGGGAGGCACGAUCCGAGCUCCGGUGACCUGCAGUGUCCGAUCUGCAAGUUCCGCUUCAAGACGAAGCGAACGAUGCAGAAGCACGUCACUAACCACGAGAAGAAAUACGCCUGCAAGGCGUGCCCCUACGUCUCGAAGACCACGACACAAGCGAAGCAGCACCAGAGGUGGCACAAAGGCGUCACGUACAAGUGCCAGUACUGCGAUGAGAUAUCGACCAAGUGGACUUCGUACCUGAGCCACGUGCGCAUCAAGCACCCGUCGCAGCACAUCUGCGGCGCGUGCGGCUACUCCUUCGUCAGCCGGCUGGGGCUCGCCAUGCACCGCACCAUGAUGCACAAGGACCUGCCGGAGCAACAGCAGGACGGAGACAACAAGGAAGAAGGUCCUUAUUGCGAGCAGUGCGACAUAAAGUUCGUGUCGGUGGAGGCGUGGAAGCGGCACAUGGUCACAUCCGUCAAGCACACGCAGAGUACCGACUUCAACACCGGCUGCCGCGUGUGCGGCGAGACGUUCGGCAGCGCGGAGGAGCUGCGGCUGCACCACAGGAGCGAGCACGCCAGGAAGCGGCCCAAAAACUACGGCAAGAAGCCCUCCAGCAUGGCCUGGCCCACCGAGUGCGAGCAUUGUUCGGAGGAGAUCGCCAAUGCCCGCGACUACUGGACGCACUUCAGGCGCGUGCAUCCCGACAAGAACUACCCCAUCCAGAAGAACUACAUCUGCGACAUUUGCGGCAAGAGUUUCCGGGGCAACGCGUUCCUCGUGUACCACAAGCGCACGCACUCGGAGGAGCGCGCGUACAAGUGCGCGCAGUGCGGCAAGGCGUUCUUCAACCGCACCAACCUGCAGAUGCACGAGCGCACGCACUCGGACCUCAGGCCGCACCCCUGCGCCCUCUGCUGCAAGGCCUUCAAGUGCAAGGGCGCGCUCGACCGCCACUCGAGGAGCCACACGGGCGUGAAGCCGUACGAGUGCGAGGUUUGCGGCAAGGCGUUCGCGCAGUCCAACAGCCGAAAGCUGCACGUGCGCACCGUUCACCUCAAGCAGCCGUCGCCAUACAUCAGCCGCAGCCGCCUGGAGAGGCGCAACCGACUCGCGAACCAGAUCUAC